GAGAGAGAGAGACAGAGAGACAGAGAGAGAGAGGACCAAAACUUGGACCUGAUAACACCAUAUAAAUCUUAUUAUACAUAAAAUCAUUUGCACUGCAAUAAUUUGCACGCUUUAAUGGCCAACCGAGAAGACAAGCUUCACAUAGCAAUGUUUCCAUGGCUAGCUUUCGGCCAUAUGAUUCCAUACCUAGAGCUUGCCAAGCUCAUCGCUCAAAAGGGGCAUUGUAUCUCCUUCAUAUCCACCCCAAGAAACAUCGAUCGCCUCCCUAGACUCCCUCCAAAUCUCUCCCCAUUUAUCAACUUCAUCAAGCUUCCAUUGCCACAUCAAAAGAACCUCCCACCAAACGCCGAAGCCACCACAGAUUUGCCUUUGGACAAAGUCCCAUUUCUCAAGAAGGCCUAUGACUCUCUCCUAGAAUCCAUAACCCAUUUUCUCCAAUCUUCCAAUCCCGACUGGCUUCUCUACGAUUUCGCAGCUUACUGGUUACCAGAUAUUGCUCGGAACCUCGGGAUUCCCAAUGCCAAUUUCAGCAUCUUCAUAGCAGCAGCUUUGAGCUUCGUCGGCCCGACAUCGGUUCCCGAUUACCGGAAGGAACCGGAGGAGUUCGCUGUUCCUCCCAAAUGGGUCCCAUUCCCAACCACCGUAGCUUUCAGGCUCUUUGAGGUUUUGAAACUCGCCGGCGAGCUCAAUGGGGAAGAUGAUGAUAAUGAUAAUGUAUCAGCUGUAGAGCGUAUCAAAGAAACCCUUGGAGGUUGCGAUGUGAUUGCCGUUAGAGGUUGCAUGGAGUUUGAACCCGAAUGGAUCCAUCUGUUGGAGGACAUCAACCGAAAACCCGUCUUACAGGUCGGUAUGCUCCCGACCAGACCGACCAUCAAUGACGACGACAUUGACAACGAUGACUAUCAUAAGUGGAAGCCAAUGAAGGAGUGGCUAGACUUGCAAAAGGCAGGGUCAGUGGUGUACGUAGCAUUCGGAAGCGAGGCCGAACAUAGCCAGGCCGAGCUCAACGAAAUAGCACUCGGCUUAGAGCUCUCGGAAUUGCCAUUCUUUUGGGUGUUAAGGAGUACUCGGACAUACGGCUCGACCCGAUUACCCGACGGGUUCGAGGAGCGAACCCGAGGACAUGGAUUCGUCUGCAAGAGUUGGGCACCUCAGGUUAACAUUUUGGGUCAUGAUUCCGUGGGAGGGUUUUUGACCCACGCUGGUUGGAGCUCGGUUGUGGAGUCCCUCCAGUUUGGGAGACCACUUGUGCUGCUGACUUACUCCAAUGACCAAGGUAUUAAUGCUAAGGUCUUGGAGGAGAAAAUGAUUGGGCAUAUUAUUGAGAGGGACGAGAGAGAUGGUUCUUUUACUAGAGAAGCCGUGGCUGAGUCGUUGAAACUCGUGGUGGUCAAGGAAGAAGGAAAGAUUUAUAGGGAUAAGGCUAAGGAGAUGAAGCCGUUGUUUUCCGAUAUGGAUUUGCAGGAAAAGUACGUGGAUAAUUUCCUAGAUUACCUUAUAACCCAUAGACAACGACCUAAAGUUGAAGAUGAGAAGGUGAUUUAACCAUGUUAUUGCCCUUUGUCUUCUUUUCUGUCACUUCAUGUCCUGUAAACUUGCUGUGCUGUUUAGCAAAUAAGGAGAAGAUGGGGAUUUGAUUUUUUGUUUUAUUAUUAUUAUUUCCUUUGUCAUAAUUUGUUGAGACAUGCAAAUCUAUUUAGCUUGAACUUAAAUUCUGGA